GAAGAAGUAAUAGUACCGGUUUAUUAUAAACCCCUACCUAAGGGCCGAAAUUUUAUAUUUAAUUUGGAGAAUAGAAGCGUUGUAAAUACAAUAGUCAAUUCUAAAUUACUUAAAUUAGUCCUAUUUAAAAAUUCGACCCAUAGAGUACGAAUUAUCCCCAAGAAGCAAUACAUUAGCUAUAUUAAAAAAUAUAAAGAUGAUAAGUACUUUGUUAAUAAUUAG